GGGGAUUCCGUCGUCGGUCCCCUUGAAAAUUCACAAAAGAUCAUGGAUGUUGGAACUGGAACUGGUAUUUGGUCAAUUUAUAUCGCAGAGUGAGAAAUAGAUGAACCGGGUGGAAAGGGGAUCGGGUUUUCUAGGUCUUGGCGGUCGAUUCCCCGCUGAGGUGAUUCUCCGAAUAGUCCUGAGCCAUAUUCAGCUGAACUGGUACAUUUUUAUUUCUUCCUCUGCGGUACAAACCGGUGAUUAUUUUUCAUAUGGUCCCUCCCAAUUGCAAGUUUCAAGUUGACGAUGCGGAAAGUGAUUGGUGAUUUUGCAGCCAAAUGCCAAGAGGUACAUUUUAGCACCCAGAACUCAUUCGAUCUCGUCUAGUAGGGGUGUUUGAGUACCUCGAUCAAAAAUUGGCCGAGGCACAUCGAACAAUUAUACUAGUAUCGACUAAAUCCCACUCCCCAUCCCACCUACGUUGAUGAAGUUACGAUGGUUCUCUGAGGCCCAGGGGGACGAUCUAAGUGCUCGAGUGUGAUUUCAUCCUUUGUUUUGAAGACAACUCUCUUACCCCAGACAGCUACCUUCUACACUGGUUUGAUAUAUACAAAAUUGCGACGGGGAAGAUCAACCUUCCGGCCAUCCCGCACAAACUCUCAGAAAUACUCGAGCAGGCUGGCUUCACAGAGGUUACGCCAGACAAUUUAUGGUCUCCCCUGUGUGCCUUGGGCCAAAGAUGGAAAGUUGAAGAAGAUAGGGGCGCCUAUAUUGGCUAACACAGAAACCUCUUUAAAGGCUUAUGGGCUGGCUUUCAUGACCAGGGUUCUUCCGGAAAAGGCCAAGGGGAUG